AUGACCAAAGUAAUGUUCCAUAGCGUCGGGGAAGAGAUAGGCGAGGUUCUGGGCAAAAUCUUCCACGAGGCGAAGAUCUACGCCAAGUUUGCAGAUUUCUCUGCUGGAAAGCCGACGGAGGGCAGCCGCCUUGACAGCCGGCUGAAACCAGAUAUUGUUAUUCUGGGGACGGCACGGAGAGAGAUCCGUGCCGUAGGCGAGCUCAAAACAGAAUGGGCUUUCGAGCCUCGAGAGGGCGAAACGAACCGCGCGUUCCUGAUCAGGAAGUUUGGGCAAGUCGCAAGGUACAUGGACGAUUUGAAAUGUACCUACGGAUUUCUCACGACUUACAAGGAGACAUUCUUCUUGAAAAGGCGUGACAAGGAUACCUUUUUGGCCACCUUCAAGCCAAUUAGGGCGAGCAAGGUAGCCAUGGCGUCAAACAGUAGUGACAUGGCCUCCUUGUCACUACUGGAAUGCAUGGCAUUCCUCUUGUUUCAAAGCCUUUCUCCAGAAGCGAGAUUCGAGACUGUCAAGGGGCUGAAGUUGACGAAUGUCGUGGGAAGGGACCGUAGAAGACGGGGAUCGCGGCAAGCACCAGCGAACAAAAAGCAGAACAACAACAAAGCGGCGCAACGGCCAGCUCUCGUCGUGCGAGCCCUGCCGCAAGUCCAAGCUGCGCUGCGACCAUGCCACGCCCGUCUGCGGCCGAUGCGUCCAGAGGCGCCAGCGCAGUUCAUGCAUCUACCAUCCAGCGCCGAUGACGCAGCCGCGCGACAAAGCGGCGUUGAGGAAGAGGAGGAAACGGGAGCCGUCUAUCCUGACGGAGAAGGGGAUCAUAGGGCCAGCAAGACCGACGACGACCAGAGCCAUGCGCCGGUGACACCGGGCUCUGAGCCUUCAUCGGAGUUGAAAAGGUCUCUGUUCUACUCAACCGGCUUUCUGGGUCCCUCUAGUUUCUGGGCUGCGUUCGAUGAGUCUGAUGACAGCCGAACUACUGGUGCUGCUGCUACUACAAUAUACCCAACCCCUACGCAGUCUUCCGGACGCGCUGAUUCCCCUUCUAUGAGCGAGACUAUGGAUGACUCCAACACUCCAGAUAUGGACCAGAUCGAGUGCGGGGCACGAAUUCUCGUUUUAUUGGAAGAUCUAGCGCUAUAUCACAAAGUAGUCCAGCACCGGUUCGGCAUCAUGGAACCGUUGAUUUUCGGCGAGAGACUAGCAAACGAGAUGUUUGCGGGGCUUUACUCGUUGCGCCAGCAGUGGCGACAGGGCAACAAACUGUCCCAAAGCAAGCUGUUGGCAUGGUCGGAGAGGCUGUUUGAGAACAGUGCCAAACGCAUCACGACCCACAAAUCCAUGAGCAUAGCUGAAUACUUCACCUCUAUUGCUCCGAGAUGGGAAUCCGUCGGGUUGGUCUUUUCGUUGGUGGCGGUUACAGCACUGAUAAUUCCCGAGGGGCACGAGGUGCUUCGAUUGGAUGAUGGGUCGGUCGUGGACGUGCAAAAACUCAUAAGACUUACCGAUGAGGUUUCGGAAAUUUGUCUGGGCUUCUGCGAGAGCGUUAGGACUUUGAGUGAUCCCCUUUUCUGGCUCCUUCUUCAGCGCGCAAUAUUACUUGGAGAGAUACACGGUGAUAGCGAUUAUCGGCCUUGGAAAAAGCUGGGAGAUUUAUCCACUUUGAUCUUCUCCCUGGGCUUACAUUGUCCCAAGCAAGACUCGUCUACGCCUUUGUUUCUCGAACAGAUUCGCUUACGGGCAAUGGCAGGUUCUUUCUCCAUAGACAAGCAACUGGCGACUCUCCUUGGCCGACCUCCGAGGAUCUCAUGGCAGUACUGCGACCUCCAGUACCCGCUUGAUCUGUCCUUUGAUGAAGUAUGCGCUAUAUCCGAGGGUCAAGACGAUUUAGCACGAAAGAUAGGCCCGGACGGCUGGAAUCUUGAAGGAAAAAUUAACUCGGGCACUCGAGAGAAAAUCCUUGCCCUGUCGCUUUCUCCUCAUUCUGGGGAUCUACUUCAGAGAAUCUCAGCCACACGCGCUGAGUACGACCAAAUACGCGAAAACCUGCCGCCAAAAUUGCAAUGGAGACGCUCGUUACUCAUGGACAGGAACGAUGCAUGCUGUGAGGCCAGUGCAUAUGUAGUGGAAAAUCUACAUCUCGAGUUCCUGCACAACGACUUCAUCCUCUAUUCUGUCCUCGUGAGGCGAACUGGCAAGUACAAAGAGAAGUUUAUCAAAGCAGCGCAAGAAAUGCUGAGCAAGUUAAUCCUGCUUGUCUCGACGCGGCGUUCUCCUUCCUGGCAAAUCUCUUGUUCGUCGUCGGUUCUUUGUUACGUCGGACUUCCGUGUGCUGGUGUGCUCGCGCAAGAACUCUUCCGACGCUCUCAGACACGACACCACACAACAACAACAUCAUCAUCAUCAACAAACUCCAAAACACCCUUUCCACGCUCCGAAAUAAUCCAAAAUCUAAGCGUAUUCGCAUCCCAAUUAGAAACCAGCCUAGACAGCAGAGACGGCAACUUCGCAAUUGCGCAGAGGGGGCUUGACGCCAUUCGAAAUAUACUAGAUCGCGUGCUCUCUGCAGAUGAGGAUAACAGCGAUAUCAAUGUAAGACAUAAUAACAAUCAUGUUGCUGCGUCUCCGCCUCUUUCUCCUCCUCCUCCGCCGCCGCCACCGCCUCGUUUUCCUUCUCCGCUUCCUCCCGACUCGUUGUUAUGCGACCAAGGACAGCAGCAGCAGCAGCAAUCGGGCAUACCGGGGUCAUCAAUUGAUGUCCCUCAAACUGCUGCAUCCAUGGAAUCUGGUGAAAGUGCCGGCGCAGGAUACCCUUUGGACGACAAUGGGAUACUUUCUCUAGACCUUAUGGCGUGGCUUGACAAUUUUGACUGGGCGCAGGAAUCUCUUCUGAAUUACAGCUGA